CUUCCUGCUCGGGCCGAGAAGGCACUGCCGGGCGGCGGCGACCACAGCGGCCGAGCCAUGGUCGCCCUGGAGAACCCGGAGGGCGGCUCGGAGGAGGCGGCGGCGGCGGUGGGAAGCGCCCCGGGCGGGCGGCGGACGCUGCCCCUUCCGCGCUGUCUGCCCACGCUAGCUGGCCCCCAGGCGAAGAGGCUGUCGGCCUCCAAGCGGAAACAGCAUUUCAUCAACCAGGCUGUGCGGAACUCCGACCUCGUGCCCAAGGCCAAGGGGCGGAAGAGCCUCCAGCGGCUGGAGAACACCCAGUACCUCCUAACCCUGCUGGAGACAGACGGGGGCCCAGCCGGUCUGGACGACGGGGACCUGGCACCCCCGGCAGCACCCGGGAUCUUCGCCGAGGCCUGCAGCAAUGAGACCUACGUGGAGGUCUGGAAUGACUUCAUGAACCGCUCUGGAGAGGAGCAGGAAAGGGUUCUCCGCUACCUGGAGGAUGAGGGCAAGAGCAAGACGCGGAGGAGGGGGCCAGGCCGUGGGGAGGACCGAAGGAGAGAGGACCCGGCCUACACACCCCGCGACUGCUUCCAGCGCAUCAGCCGGCGUCUGAGAGCCGUCCUCAAGCGGAGCCGCAUCCCCAUGGGAACGCUGGAGACCUGGGAGGAGCGGCUGCUGAGGUUUUUCUCGGUGUCUCCCCAGGCCGUGUACACGGCCAUGCUGGACAGCAGUUUCGAGAGGCUCCUGCUUCACGCCGUCUGCCAGUACAUGGACCUCAUCUCAGCCAGUGCGGACCUGGAAGGCAAGAGGCAGAUGAAAGUCAGCAAUCGGCACCUGGACUUCCUGCCCCCGGGGCUGCUCCUGUCCGCGUACCUGGAGCAGCGGAGCUGAUGGCAGCCCCGCCCCGCCCCGCCUCCCCCCUCCCCGCCUCCCCACUCCCCGCCUCCCCGCGCCGAGCACUGGCGGACGCGCUCUUGCUCUGGCGGCCCCUCUCUCACUCUGGCCCCUUCCCUGUCCACCUGUCCCCUUAAGCGCUGGGGGCUGGGGCCCCGCCGGACUGGCCUGGCCUUGCCCCUCCGGCUCUGUUUUGCAGCCAGGAGACCCGGCCUGGUCACCUCCGUGUUCCUUCCUUCUGCUUUUCCAGCCCCUUUUGAAGCCCAUGCGGGCUGUGAGAGGCUGGGUUUUUAUCACUUUUAAUGAAUUCGGCAUGAUUUGUUGUACAUUUUUAAAUUUCCCUUUUGGGAAGAAAAACCAAACACUUGCCCCAACUGAUAAAUGGGGGGCUUUGUUCUAGUCCCUGCUUUAACCCCCCACCCAGUUUUUUGCUUGGUUGGUGGGGGGGGGGGUCCCUAGGGCUCUGCCCCCUUUUCCAGGAGCAUUCUGUCGUGUGUGCGUGUGUGCGUGUGUGCGUGUGUGCGUGUGCCCUGCAGCCCUGGACAGAAGCUACAUCUUAGAGGCUGGUCCUACCACCGUUUGAAUGUGUGUUCUCCCCUGGUGGCUUUUGGUGGCUCUUGGGGCCCUCUCUGGUCUGCACACUUCCUCCCUUCAUACUGGGGAAUUGGGACUUCCAGCCAGAAGCCUCUGCCCUCGGACUGCCCCAUUGCCGUGUCCCCUUGCUCCCUCCCCGACCCGGCUCUGGCCUGUUGCCUUGGGGUGUCCUUACACUGGUCACCCCGGCAUGUCCCACAGGAGCAGAGCUGGGGCCCACCCCUCCCGUGUGUGUGGCUUGUUGUGCUUUGGGGAAAGUGGAGAAAUUCAAUAAAUUUCUGGUGCUCUGGUCA